AAGCCAUUUUCAAAAUUAUUGAAAAGUGUUUUAUUACCAGUGUUAUUACCCUGUGGAAGAUCAAGGUCCAUUAAACCAGUAAAUAAUACGUAAACGUGUUUUUAUAGCUUUAAAUAACGCUUAUAACAAAUAUUCAACUUCCCAUACAUCUGCCGCGCAUACGUGAGACACGCGACACGAUAUAAGUUGAUUACAGUCACAAACGUUGCGGGCAGUCAAGCGCGGCGACGCGUGACUGAAAGACGGAUAUUAAAAUGUAAACAAAGUUGCUUUUGACUUGAAAACGUUUACGCGGUAGUUUCUUGUGGAACGUUUGUUUGUGAUCGCCGAAAUUGCUUUGUGUUUGUUUCAUUUCGUUUUUGACGAAGCAGACAACAGUUUCGCAUGACAACGGAAAGCGUGAAUUAUAACAUGAGGCAGCUCCAUGUCCUACGAAUACUAGCUGGUUUUAUAUUGGGUCUGAGCGGGAAUUUUAUUCACCAGAUGAUCUCGGGAACAACUUAUCUAGACAUUCCAUCUUUAAAAAGCGCUCAAUAUGGUUGUUCACCUUGUGAAGACCCUAAUAAAAUACGAGCAAAGCCGUGUCCGUAUUGCGGCCCCCAGAAAAUGACAAUGGAGAAUGAUGGAAACAUUAUUGACGCUUACAAACCAAAAGGAAUGUAUGAAAUAACAAGAUGGUAUUAUUUUGAUGAGGCCUAUUUAUAUGACAUCAUAAACGAUGAACCAAAAGUAAAGUUAGCUGGAAGUUAUUAUGAAGAAACUCAAGCGGUUACACAGGUCGCAUUGGAAUAUAUCAAUGCUAACAAUAUGUUAGGCAAGAAGUGGCAUCUUGUGGGAAUAGAAAAUGGCUAUAUGCGGACUGAUGUUUUUCGUGGUACAGACUAUAUAUUGGAUGUUGCAGUGAAGUCGGUGGAAAAGUACGAGUCAGAAUCAAUACAUACAACUUUCAGGGUGAGAAUGGUGCACGCUUUUCAAGAAAAAGGCAGCAGUCUGAAAGUGACAUCUCAGCACGUUGAACCAAAUAUUGGAAUACAUAUUAUUGCUCCAGUGUCAGGGGAUGACAUGGCCCUGGAGAACUUUGUAAAAAUCUUUGCAGAAAAACGAUCAACCAGAGAUAAGUUGACACUGGUUUUGUUCAAUGGUAAAGGACAUUUUGGAGAUCAAAGCAUAACCUUGAAACCAAAAGUGGACGAACUAAUCAAUCAAUUCCCAAAUUCUAUGAUAAAUGUCAUUGAAGCAGAAGGGGAUUACAAUUUUUUGGUGGGAAUCAAAGAAGCAGCAAGAGGAGUCGACAAUAAUGACAUAAUUCUGACACUCAACAUCGACAUGCAUUUCGGACAAGAUUUAUUGAAAACAUGCAAACUGAUAUCCACACCACAAAAGAGGGUAUAUUUUCCUAUAGCAUUCAGUCAGUACGACCCUGAAAUAAUUGAAAGGGGUAUGCCACCAGGAAAACCAAAGAACAUAAACAAAAUGGACAUAAACAAAUUUACCGGUUAUUGGAUGCACAAGAAACACAACUUCAUAUGUGCAUAUAAAGAAGAUUUAACCAAAAUUGUAGACGGGGUUUUGGUAUCGAUUGAAAGUGCACAAACUACGGAUCCUUCAAAAGAAGGAGGCACAGAUAUAUACAACUCCUUUCUUUCGGAUAAUGUUGAAGUCAUCUCUGCGGUUGAACCUGAUCUAAUUCGUAUUUAUAGACAAAGAAGUUGUGAUAGACGUUUUAUGGUUGAUGAGGAAUAUAAUUAUUGUUUCAAAACAGCAGCAGAAAUGUUAGGAUCUAAGCCAACUUUAAGUAUAUUAUAUUUAACUGAAAUAGCUUUGAAAAAGGUUUAACUUGUUAUUUAAUAUAAUAAGACAGUCAGAAAUCACAAACUGUGCAGAGUAAUCAUCUCGAAGCGCAAGGAAAUAUGUGGUGUUUUGAAGAAGUUUUAUUUAUAUACCAUUUCAUCAUGGUAGAUUAAUUCAAUUCUGUGUAACAAGUUAUCAAGACUUAAAUUUAGAUUUUCAUCAACCAGCGAAUCGCCUCUUUUCAGCUAUCUUCAUUACUUUUUUGAGUGUACUGUAUGUGAAACAAAAUGACCACUGUAGCUAUGAAGUGAUCUUCAAGAUACCUUUUAUUUAUUAUAUUUAUCAAGAAAAGUUUGAAUAUAGCCUAUUAUGCUGAACAAUGAAUUUUUAUAUGGCUAAUGAUUAACCACAAAUCCGUUGAACAAUGCGGAAGAUAAACAAAUCGGUAAACCAUUAAAUAUGUAUGGCAUGCUUUAUAAAAAUGAGCAUUGUAGUAUUGAACUAAAAAUGAUGAAUUCAAAUAUUAUUAGAUGCCAUAUCCUUCAGUUAAUUGAUGUUCAUUUUCUCUGUACCAUUUCAAUAAAGAUCAUAGUCCAUAACAUUAGUUUUUAGGUCUUGAAAAGCCCUUAUUCUGGUGAGAAAUUACCGGUAAUUGUUAAACUACUUUUCACAUUAUCAGUAAUCUGUUAUUUAUUUGUGAUUCAGUACCAGGCAAACUUUUAUUCAAUCAUAUAUUUUAUUCUGCUUUUUUAAUAAUAUGGCCAUUUACACGUAAUGUCUGGCUAUUUUGUAUAAUGUAA